AUGCAUGCAGAUAUCGACGAGUGCAAGCUCCCAAGGGAUGAGAUUGAAUGCUUCGGCGACUGUAUCAACACGAUCGCCUCAAUGGAAUGCCGGUGCCCGCAUGGAACUUUUCGCAAUCCCGGCACAAGUGGUGGCUGUGUCAAGAUUAAAUCCACUAGAGCAGAUGAUGCGCUACAGUCGCCUACUGUGGCUCCGGUGCCGUUAGGGCUGCACCCCAACUGCAAGACCAGCUGUGGUGACGUGAGAGUUCCGUACCCCUUCGGCAUCGGCCCUGGUUGCUCCUUGCCGGGUUUCAACAUGACCUGCAGCACAAGCUAUUACCCCCCGCGGCUGCUUCUCGACAGCAACGGCACCCUUGAGGUCGUCAACAUGUACUUGGCCGACUCCACGGUGCACGUCAUCCAUCACGCCAGAAUCUUUAGUAAUCCCACCAACCUCAAAUACAACGAGAGCGACACCUACACAACAGUUUUAUAUGACAUCCCUCACAUCGGCGAGCCAUAUACGCUGUCGGCCACGAACGAGUUCAUCUUCUCCCGGUGCAACGUGCAAGCCACCCUGUAUGGCGAGUCCGACAGCAUCAUCAGCAGUUGCAACUCCACCUGCAGCUCCAGCCGCAACUACAUCAACGGCGGAUACUACUGCUCCGGCCGAGGUGAUGUCUGCUGCCAUGCGCCCAUCGCUGCAGGCAGCAGCACGCCAAAGAGAAUGGAGUUUAAACUUCUCGAGCGGCAAUAUGGCAUGUUGGCAGUCGCCUUCAUCUCAGAGGACGGGUUGACUAAUCAGUGGGGCAUGAUCUUAAACAGAACUGAUCUGUCGAUUUUAGCGACCAAUUACAUGUCAUUUCCCCUUGUUCUACGGUGGGCAGUUAAGCAAGGCUUCACAGCGCUGCCCGGCAACUCGUCGGGGCAGUGCCCCGGGGACAUAACUAGCAGCAUUUGCAAGAGCAAGGAUAGUUUUUGCCGGCAAGAGAACGAAGGCUUUACGUGUCAUUGCAACACCGGAUACCAGGGCAACCCUUACAUCGCCGACGGAUGCAAAGAUGUCGACGAGUGCAGCAGCAACACAACAAAGCGGUGCUUCGGCGUCUGCGACAAUUUGCCUGGAACAUUCAAGUGCCAGUGCCCGCUAGGAACAUUUGGCAACCCGCACAAGGGCAACGGCUGCGUCAGUUUAUCCACUAUUUUGUCUACGUUCAUUAAAAAGAAUAAAAUUGGUUUAUCAGCUGCCAGUGGCCCGGUUCUCCUACUUUUGGUUCUGGGCAUAAUGUUAGUACCCCGUAAGAUUGAAGAGCACAGGAUGAAAUUGAUGUCGCAAAAGGCAGACAUUGCAGAAAGGAUGAUCAUACCAAUGGAGGAGCUUGCAAAGGCGACAAACAACUUCGACAAAACUCGUGAACUUGGUGGUGGAGGGCAUGGUACAGUUUACAAAGGGAUCUUAUCGGACCUACAUGUCGUAGCCAUCAAGAAGUCAAAGAUUACAGUCCAGGAAGAAAUAGACGAGUUCAUAAAUGAGGUAGCAAUCCUCUCACAAGUCAAUCACAAGAAUAUUGUCAAACUCUUUGGAUGUUGCCUGGAGACUGAGGUGCCGUUGUUGGUUUAUGAGUUUAUUUCCAAUGGAACUCUUUGUCACCAUCUCCAUGUUGAAGGUCCAAGGUCACUAUCAUGGGGUAAGAGAUUAAGGAUUGCAACUGAAAUAGCUUCUUCUCUUGCCUAUAUUCACACGGCAGUUUCGAUCCCAAUAAUCCAUAGAGACAUCAAGUCCAGUAACAUACUUCUUGAUGAUAAAAUGACAUCGAAGAUAUCAGACUUUGGAGCUUCAAGGUACAUUCCUAUUGACAAAACUGGGUUGACAACAAGAGUCCAGGGAACAAUAGGUUACUUGGAUCCUAUGUACUUUCAGACCGGCCGACUCACGGAGAAAAGUGAUGUCUAUAGUUUUGGUGUAAUUCUGGUGGAGCUACUCACUAGGAAGAAGCCAUUUUCAUAUCUAUCCACCGAAGGUGAUGGCCUUGUUUCUCAUUUUCUUGACCUACAUGCCGAGGGAAAUCUUGUCCAGAUAAUGGAUCCACAUGUUACAGAGGAGGGAGGCGAAGAAGUCCAAGAAGUUGCUGCACUUGCAGCGUCCUGCAUAAACUUCAGAGGUGAAGAACGACCAACAAUGCGACAAGUGGAGCAUACCCUAGUGGGGCUUUGGGGUUCCAAGAAGUGCAAGAGAGAAGAUACGGUAGCAGCGGAAUUCGAGGAUGAUAGCAUUGUGACUAAUUGUCCGUCAUCAGCUAAAGGAGGACAAAGUUUUAAAGAAUCAAGUAGAAGAUAUAGUUUGGAGCAGGAGAUGAUGAUGUCGGCGAGGUACCCUCGGUAG